GGCGGAGGGUGUCUGGCUCUACAAAACCUCUGCAGCAUCCCAGCUGAUGCCCCAGCAUUCAGCCACUGCCAAAGGGACAGACGCAAGAGGAAGAAAAUCAUCCCUCCAAUUCCAUCAGUGAGCGAAGGCGAAGAAUAGGAGGAGUCAGUCGAGUGAGAUAGUGAUGCUCCCAGCAGGUGCCAACAAGUGAGAGGAAGCUGAGAGACCGAGAGAGAUGGAGAAGAGUCUGUAAUAGCAGAAGACACCAAGAUCUUUGAGACAGAACCAAACAACAGGAUUUCAUCAGUGUUUGAACCUUCUGAGCCGGUGUGAUUCCAGUUAUUCCUGCUCCUCAUCCUCAUCUGCUGCCAUGCUGUGCCCUGUGCUGCUUUGUGCCGCUCUGCUCCUCCUGACUCCCCUGGAGAUCACAGAGGCUCGUGCUUUGCAUCCUUCUCCUGAUGCUGUGCAGUUUGUGGAGCAAUUUCUGGAACGCUACAAUGAUCUUCUGACCCUGGACGACCUGGAGAACAUGCUCAACAGCCAAGCAGAGGAGCAGUCCACCCUCUCCUCCGGGUCCAAAGCUGUUGAAUACCCCAAAUGGGCUGAUGCACAAACUCAGCCCGAGACCCCCUGGCUCCGUCUGCUGAAGGGCGCCCUGGCCAACCAAAAGCGAGCAGAACCGGAUCGGUCACGGAGGGGGUGGAACCGGGGAUGCUUUGGCCUGAAAUUGGAUCGGAUCGGGUCUAUGAGUGGACUGGGCUGUUAGUGGAGACAGAGGAGGAAACUAAAGACUGCUUACAUCCUUCUUAGAUUAUUAGGAAACACACAUGCAUAGGCAUUCACCUGCAGAGAAGGAUGUUUACAUGCGUGUAGUAUGAUGUAAACUUACAGUGCUGCUAAUGUGGUUUCAUCCAGUGUAGAUCAGAUGCUUCACAGUUUAUUCCAUAUCUAAAUGUUAACCUGAAUAUUAGAACAUGUGUGCUGUGUUUACAUCAAAUGAUCACCAUCAAUUUCUGGGCUUAUUUUUCAAGUAAUUUAGCACUUUCCGUACUUCUAGCUUUGUCUGCAACUCUGUAAAUGUUUAGACCUUUUGUGGACAGGUGAUUUUGCUUAAAAGCAGCCGUGAUAGAUGUGGAUAGUCAAAAAAUGAUGGCAUCAGAAAUUUCUGCAAUUUAUUUUUGUUUACUUAUGAUUUGC